GCCUUCCUAGUGACAUAAGCAAUUACCUAAACAAAAUCUGUCUUUAUUCACUGCAAUACGAACAUGGGGUCUUGCGUCUUGGUCUCCGAGAAAUUCUAAACUAAUAGUCCAUUCGUAUCAAUUUAUGUGAUACAGUUAAAACUUUAAAAGUCAAUUAAAUUUUUAUCUGAUUGAAAUUUCUUUAUAUGCCUUUUAAAUAUUUGAAUUUGUUGAUUAUUGUGAUUUAUAAUACUUUUUUGAUAUACAUUUAAUACUAAGCUUCUAUGAAUUCACGGUCAAAAUUUAAAAUUGAGAUGUGCCACGUAAAUUGGACAGAGGGAGUAUAACCUGUCAAAUACUAGACGACAAUUUAUUUUGCUAUUAUAUAUGUACUACAAAUAAACCCACCCAUUUCAUCAUUCACUUGACCAAACACUUUGUGUGAUUUUGAAUUUUCAGUAUAAAUUUUGUAGCUGUACCUGUGGUCACCACACUUCACUACUCCAUGUAUUCAGGAAUGCAUGGUCAUGGCAAUGGCUUGGGUAAUACCAGAACUCCUUUAUUAGACAGACCUCCUAUAGGGAGAAAGAGAAAUGGUGCUGAAGAUGGUCAGCUCGGAGACCUUGAGCAUGGUGAUUCUGUUGCGGCACCAAAUGUGGGAUUUGGCAGAGUGCUUUCACUUGCGAAGCCUGAAGCAGGAAGUUUGGUAUUUGCGACAAUUGCUUUGAUGAUUGCAGCAACAUCAAGCAUUUUGAUUCCGAAAUUUGGAGGAAAAAUAAUUGAUAUUGUCUCAGGUGAUAUCCGAACACCUGAACAGAAAUCAGAAGCUUUAGAUGCAGUCAAGAACACAAUACUUGAAAUCUUUCUGAUUGUCAUCGUUGGUUCUGUUUGCACAGCGCUUCGAGCAUGGCUAUUCUCUUCUGCUAGUGAAAGGGUUGUAGCCCGGUUGAGAAAGAACCUGCUAAGUCACCUUGUUCACCAGGAGAUAGCUUUCUUCGAUGUUACUCGAACAGGGGAGCUCCUCAGUAGGCUAUCUGAAGAUACCCAGAUCAUAAAGAAUGCCGCAACUACUAAUCUUUCAGAGGCUUUGAGGAAUCUUGCUACUGCAUUUAUUGGACUUGCAUUUAUGUUUCAAACAUCAUGGAAAUUAACAUUGUUGUCACUAGCUGUUGUACCAGUCAUAUCAGUUGCAGUACGCAAAUUUGGUCGCUACAUGCGUGAACUUUCCCACAAAACUCAAGCUGCUGCAGCAGUAGCCUCGUCCAUUGCUGAGGAAACUUUUGGUGCCGUACGCACAGUGAGAUCAUUUGCGCAGGAAGAUUAUGAGAUUUCACGCUAUUCAGAGAAAGUUGAAGAGACCUUAAAGCUUGGGCUUGGACAAGCUAAAGUGGUUGGCCUUUUCUCUGGAAGCUUAAAUGCCGCAUCUACUCUAUCAGUUAUUGUAGUAGUAAUAUAUGGAGCCACUCUGACUAUCCAAGGCGCUAUGACACCUGGAGCUCUUACAUCUUUCAUACUCUAUAGCUUAACAGUUGGAUCAUCCGUAUCUGGACUUUCUGGAUUAUAUACUGUAGCAAUGAAAGCUGCUGGAGCCAGCAGACGAGUUUUUCAGCUCUUGGAUCGCACAUCGUCCAUGCCAAAAUCAGGAAACCAGUCUCCAUUGGGUGAUCAAGCUGCAGAGGUAGAAUUGGAUGAUGUCUGGUUUGCCUACCCGUCCCGUCCUAGCCACAUGGUCCUUAAGGGUAUAACAUUGAAACUACAGUCUGGUUCAAAGGUUGCACUGGUCGGUCCAAGUGGUGGUGGAAAGACUACAAUAGCAAAUUUGAUAGAAAGAUUCUAUGAUCCUGUUAAAGGGAAGAUCUUGCUCAAUGGGGUUUCUCUGGUUGAAAUUUCUCAUAAGCACCUACACCAUAAGGUUAGUAUAGUGAGCCAGGAACCUGUUCUUUUUAACUGUUCCAUCGAAGAAAAUAUUGCCUAUGGAUUGGGUGGCAAAGCAAGCACUGAGGAUAUAGAAAAAGCAGCUAAAAUGGCUAAUGCUCAUGAAUUUAUAUCGAAAUUUCCCGAACAAUAUCAAACCCAUGUCGGAGAACGAGGAUUGAGACUUUCUGGUGGUCAGAAACAGAGAAUUGCGAUAGCUAGAGCGCUGCUGAUGAACCCAACGAUUUUAUUGUUGGAUGAGGCCACGAGUGCCCUGGAUGCUGAAAGUGAAUAUCUUGUUCAGGAUGCCAUGGAUUCCCUGAUGAAAGGUAGAACCGUUCUUGUGAUAGCUCAUAGGCUUUCGACAGUCAAGAGUGCAAACACUGUAGCUGUUGUUUCCGAUGGUCAAAUAGUCGAAAGUGGCACACAUGAUGACCUUCUAAACAAGAAUGGGAUCUACACAAAUCUGGUGAGGAGGCAGUUGCAGGGACACAAAUCUGAUAGCUAGUUUUCAUCUGUGUUCAAAACACGUGAUAAACUGAGUUAGCAAGCACAAAUGUUCAAUGAACUUGCAUUCACAUAUAGAAAGUGUAAGGAGGAAACAUCAUUCCAUAAACGACAAUCUGUCACUGUAGUUUGAAAUCGUGUGCACAAAUCAAGCAUGCGCCACUGCUGAUUUUAAUCAUUUCACUGGUCGAUACAUGCUAAAGAGUUUUUGAGUGAUUUAUGUGUAUCCCUAUGUCAUUAUGCCUUGGAAUUGCACUUAGCGAGAGUUUAGAAAUAUACAUUGAUAGUUUAAAUUUGAA